AUGUUAACACCCAUCCCUUUUCAAACAAACCAAGGGAAUAACAAUAGCACAAAUGGCGUUAAUAACCCAGCUAAUAAUAACUCCACUAAUUCAGCAAGUAGUGGUAGAAGGAGAGGAUCCAGUUUUAAUAUGAUCUUAAACACAUUUGGAAUCAGACCAAACAAUAGCAAUACUAAUAGUGCAAAUAACAGCAAUGUUAAUUUGAGUACAAACGCAAGUAAUUCUGCUAGUUAUGACACGACAAAUAAUACUACUACAAAUAAUGAGAACAGUAAUAAUGCAGCAUCUAGCGUCAAUCCAAAUGAAUUUUAUCAGCUACCUAUAUCGUUGUCACUAACAUCAACCGAUAAUAACAAUACUAAUAAUGAUAACAAUAAUAGUAAUAAUAAUAAUAAUAAUAAUAAUGACGAUUCUAAUAAUGGCAAUAAUCAAAGUGAUUUUUUUUUUAAUCUAAGCAGUAACUUGUCAAACUUGAAUGGGAACAUGAAUUCAAAUACUAUAACGGCUAAUGUUUCCACAAAUCCGGUUGAUAAUUCAAACACUAACAGCAUAAAUGACCUUCCAAAUACAAAUGAUGCAUUACGAAAUCUACGUCAUUAUAUUUAUGGGGCUAAUCAAGAAAAUCCAGACUCAUUACUACAAUUAGAUUUACCACCAAAUGGAAGAGCACCAGAAGCAUGCGACGUUGAUUCUGUUCGAAGACGUAAGGACAAAAAUGGAUUAUUUAGUAUUAGAUUAACGCCUUUCAUUGAUACUUCCAGUUCUUCUAACCCAGGCUUGUAUUUUGAUCCAGUUAUCAGGACUGCAGGACCAGGUUCUCAACUGGUUAUUGGCCGCUACACAGAAAGAGUUAGAGAGGCUAUAUCAAAAGUUCCUGAAAACUAUCACCCCGUCGUGUUUAAGUCAAAGGUUGUGUCCAGGACUCAUGGUUGCUUGAAAGUUGAUUCAAACGGUAAUUGGUAUGUAAAGGAUGCCAAGUCUUCGAGUGGUACAUUUCUAAACCAUCAAAGACUUUCCCCUGCAUCUACAUUAUCAAAGGACACAAUCUUGAAUGAUGGAGAUAUACUACAACUAGGUAUGGAUUUCCGUGGUGGUACAGAAGAGAUUUACCGUUGUGUGAAGAUGAGAGUAGAAUUGAAUAAGUCAUGGAAAAGAAAAGCAAAUACAUUCAAUAAGGAAGCCUUGCAAAGGAUUAGAAAUUUACAGCAGCUAACAUCGGGAUUAGAGGAAGAAGAUUGCUCAAUUUGUUUAUCUGCUAUAAAACCUUGUCAGGCAAUUUUUAUAUCACCAUGCUCACAUAGCUGGCACUUCCACUGUAUUAGACGUCUAGUGAUGAUGUCUUAUCCACAGUUCGUUUGUCCUAACUGUAGGUCAAGUUGUGAUCUGGAAGCUUCAUUGGAAAGCAGCAGUGAAGAUGAAGGUGAUAUGUUAAUAGAUGAUGAAAAUAAUGUUGAUGACGAUUUACCUAAUCACGCUAGUAAUGAAAAUGCAGAGGUUAAUGAAGCUCAAGUAACUAGCAUGAAUGUAGAUAGUAGUGAUGAAAAUGUAAGCAGUUCAACGGACUGA